AUGAAGGGGAAUACCUCCUACGCCAGUAGCUACACCGCCUACCCGCACAGGGAGAGCGGGACGUUCUCAAUAUCACCUCACAGAUUUCAACCACGCUCCCAUUCUGCUCUGCGCCGGAGACAUCAGCUUAUGCAGCGCUUAUGUGUUCUUGGUGGCCUUUCGUUAGUUAUCUUAGUUUUGAUCUUCCCCUCCUGGCGAGCUGCGAUCCUGGGAACCCUUUCCUUUGGUCUUCUUUCAUCGGCAGAUGAAUUUCAACUGGACACUGUCAGAUAUUAUGACCUGUCGAACUUUCAAGGAACCGCCCGGGGCUGGGAACGAGAGGAGCGAGUCCUCCUCUGUACACCUCUGCGAGACGCCGCGCCACAUUUGCCCAUGUUCUUCUCACACCUACGCAAUUUCACCUAUCCGCAUCAUCUCAUAGAUCUCGCCUUCCUAGUCUCCGACUCGAAAGAUGACACCCUUUCCCUCCUCAUGAAAAUGCUUAACGAUUUGCAGAAUGAUUCUGACCCGAAAAAACAUUACGGGGAAAUCUCAGUGAUUGAGAAAGACUUUGGGCAGAAGGUCAACCAAGAUGUUGAAAGCAGGCAUGGAUUUGCUGCACAGGCCUCCCGAAGAAAGCUUAUGGCACAGGCGAGAAAUUGGCUGCUGAGUGCUACCCUGCGCCCAACACACAGCUGGGUAUACUGGAGAGAUGCCGAUGUCGAGACGGCUCCAUUUACCAUUUUGGAGGAUCUGAUGAGACAUAAUAAGGAUGUCAUCGUACCAAACAUUUGGCGACCUCUUCCGGAUUGGCUCGGCGGGGAACAACCCUAUGACUUGAAUUCCUGGCAGGAAUCAGAGACUGCAUUGGCAUUGGCAGAUACAUUGGAUGAAGAUGCCGUCAUUGUGGAAGGUUAUGCGGAAUAUGCUACUUGGCGCCCGCAUUUGGCGUAUCUUAGGGAUCCCUAUGGCGAUCCGGACAUGGAAAUGGAAAUCGAUGGCGUGGGUGGCGUUAGCAUUCUGGCCAAGGCUAGAGUGUUCCGCUCGGGCGUCCAUUUCCCGGCAUUUAGCUUUGAAAAACAUGCGGAGACAGAGGCAUUUGGCAAGAUGGCCAAGAGGAUGAAAUUCUCUGUCGUUGGCCUUCCACACUACACCAUCUGGCAUCUUUAUGAGCCUAGUCUCGACGAUAUCAGGCACAUGGAGGAAAUGGAGCGGGAGCGCAAGGCGCGGGAAGCUGAAGAGAAAGGGAAAGCCGAGGAGGGGAAGCUUGGGCAGGAACAGUUUAAGGACCCUGCGGGCCAAUGGAAGAAGGAUUCCCUGGCCAUAGAGUUCCUUAAGAAAAUGAAUGAGGACAUGCUGGGGGCGACUAAGAGAGAGGGAACUGCCGGUGCAGGAGAUGGACAACAAUAG